AUGAAUCCCAAUACGCUUCACGGUGAUGACCACAAUGGGGACUAUGCCAUCUACCUUCGACAGACGCUGGGCGAACUCCAGGACAGGGUGGAAGAGCACGAAGCUGCGUUGAGCAAGCUACGCGCUACACCAGCAGUCAAUCGCAACACUCGGGAUCUGCCAGCGACAGCAUCACUGGAGAUCAUGAAAGCGGCCUAUGAUGACGUGGCAUCACAAAACCCCUUCCUACCGCUUCCUGACUCUAUCCUGCCGGCUUUGAUAGCGCUUCGGAAGACUCACCAGACGGUAGAGGAGACGAGGACGUAUCUGGCUACCCACAGCGAUGCGGUUCAAGAGACCCAGCGACGGCUAGAAGCUGAAAGAGCAAGACUCCAAGAUCAGCAGGCUCUUUCCCAGAGCAUGCGGAACCGCAUCCAGUCUCUACAAGAUGGUCUGGAGAAUCGAAUGGAGAUGGGCCCGGAAGAUAUCGCGCGAGAGCGGAUUGAUGAGUUGAGGCAAAAGAAGAAGACCUAUGCCCGGGAUACGUCCAAGCUGCUCAAGUCUCUACGGAAGUUCAUCGAUGAACACCUCGCAGCAAUGCUUGCGGCCGAAGACCUCGGUGGUCCGGUCGUAGGUGACCUGAUGGACAUCGACGGCGAGGACCUCGCAGCCGGCUUUAGUGCCCAGGGACGACGCAAAAAGCCAAGCGAGAAGGCAGAUGACGGCAAACGGCAACAGCGCAUUGAUGAGAUAUGGGGCAUCCAAGGACAAGAAGGGCAGCCAGUCAGAAACGCCAAUGACAGUCGGGACGAGACGGCGGCGGCAGGGGCAGAGAUGCGCGAACUGACAGAAGAGUUGCUCAACAGCCUUGCGGAGUCGGAUGGUGACCAUUCAGCUGCCUACGUCGCCCUCCCGCGGGAAACUGCUGCAGCAAGAUUCCUGGUCAGAUCCAAAGUUGCACAGUUCCAUCCCAGAGACUCUACUAGGCUGCGGCCGGUCGACUUUGGCAGAGAACUGGAUGAUUGA